AAUAAUGCCUUCUUCCCCCUUUCUCUCUUCCUAUUCCCAUCUAUUGCCUUCCUUUUCCAUGGAUUCCUUCCUUCUCCCGUCCAGAUAAAAAACGACCGACACACCUCAUGUCCUUCCGGCACUUCCUACCAUCGCUCUGGUCUCCCACCACCUCCGCGCCAUCUCUAUCUUGAGCUCCCUUAGCGACUUCACCGCGAGGAGGAAGAGGAAGGAGAGAAGAGAGAUAAGAGGAGAGGAUGUCGGUGCUCGGGCGGUGCUUGGGGGAGAGGCGGGUGCGGCAGCUGCAUCGGGCGCUCCGCAAUGGGCGGCUGACCCUGCUCUGCCUCGUCAUGACCAUCGUCGUCCUCCGAGGUACCAUCGGCGCCGGUCGCUUCGGCACCCCGGAGCAGGACCUCCACGACAUCCGCCGCCUCCUCCACAGCCAUCCCCAUCACCCCCACCGCGCCCUCACUGAGCAGCAGCCGCAGCAUACCGAUUCCAACGGCGCCGAAGAGGAGGAGGAUCCGCCGCGCGAUCCGUCGAAGCCCUACUCCCUGGGCCCCAAGAUCUCCGAUUGGGACGAGCAGCGCGCCGACUGGCUCCGCCGCCACCCGGAGCGGCCGAACUUUCUGGGCUCCACUAAGCCGCGCGUCCUCCUGGUGACGGGAUCCUCCCCGAAGCCCUGCGAGAACCCUGUGGGCGACCACUACCUGCUCAAGUCCAUCAAGAACAAGAUCGACUACUGCCGCGUCCACGGCAUCGAGAUCUUCUACAACUUGGCCCUCCUCGACGCCGAGAUGGCGGGCUUCUGGGCCAAGCUGCCCCUGAUCCGCUCCCUCCUCCUCGCCCAUCCGGAGGUGGAGUUCCUGUGGUGGAUGGACAGCGACGCCAUGUUCACCGAUAUGGCCUUCGAGCUCCCCUGGGAACGCUACGCCCCCUUCAACCUCGUUUUGCACGGCUGGAACGAGAUGGUCUACGACGACCGCAACUGGAUCGGCCUCAACACCGGCAGCUUCCUCCUCCGCAACUGCCAGUGGUCGCUCGACCUCCUCGACGUCUGGGCGCCUAUGGGCCCCAAGGGCAAGACCCGUACCGAGGCGGGCAAGGUCCUCACCGCCUUCCUCAAGGACCGCCCCGUCUUCGAGGCCGACGACCAGUCCGCCAUGGUCUACCUCCUUGUCACCCAGCGUGACCGGUGGGGUGACAAGGUCUACCUCGAGAGCGCCUACUACCUCCACGGUUACUGGGGCAUCCUUGUUGACCGCUACGAGGAGAUGAUCGAGAACUACCACCCGGGCCUUGGCGACCACCGCUGGCCCCUCGUCACCCACUUCGUCGGCUGCAAGCCCUGCGGCAAGUUUGGGGAUUAUCCCGUGGAGCGCUGCCUCAAGCAGAUGGAUCGCGCUUUCAACUUUGGGGACAAUCAGAUCUUGCAGAUGUACGGGUUCACUCACAAGUCGCUCGCCAGCAGAAAGGUGAAGCGGAUCAGGAAUGAGACUAGUAACCCGCUGGAGCUGAAGGAUGAACUGGGGUUGCUGCAUCCGGCGUUCAAGGCCACCAAAGUCACUGGCACAGCAUCCUGAGUAACUUCUUUUUUCUUCUGUACCUCUUGUUCUUUUCUAGUUAAAUUUAGAGCUAUUGUCAUCAUGGGAGGCUUAAUUAUCUAAAGAUAUAUUUAUGUUGUAUUGGUGUUCAAUAUCAGAGAGUUCCUGACAUAUGAAUAUGCAUCAAGGAUAGGAAUAGUAAUCUUCUUUUAUUCCA